AUGGGGUCCAUGACAUUGAGUAAAACCGUCCAUGCGUCUAAGCAGAUGCAGUAUCAACGACUCGGAAAUAGCGGACUCAAAGUCUCCCGAAUAAUCCUUGGGUGUAUGACCUACGGCAACCCAGAUUGGGAAGGCUCACCAUGGGUCCUGGACGAAGAAAAAUCACUACCUCUGUUAAAAAGAGCCUUCGAUCUAGGAAUCAACACCUUCGACACAGCGAACACAUACUCUAACGGUCAAUCCGAAGGAAUUCUUGGGAAAGCGCUCAAGAAGCACUCUAUCCUACGAAGCAAAGUGGUGAUAAUGACAAAGGUCUAUUAUCCAGUUCUUGAAGAUGAACUAAACUUAAACUCAAGACCUAGCCCUGCUAUCAACGAUGGACAUCUGGUAAACCAGAUGGGACUCAGUCGGAAGCAUAUCUUCGACGCAGUGGAGGGAUCGUUGCGCCGACUCGACACCGACUAUAUCGAUGUGCUACAGCUUCAUCGAUUAGAUUCGGAAACGCCACCUGAGGAAAUUAUGCGUGCGUUGCAUGAUCUAGUUGAGAUGGGCAAGGUCCGAUAUCUAGGUGCUUCAAGUAUGCAUUGCUGGGAAUUUGCACGGCUGCAGUAUACGGCAAAGAUGAACAGAUGGAAUACCUUUGUGAGCAUGCAGGGUCUUUAUAAUCUUCUUUAUCGUGAGGAGGAAAGAGAAAUGAAUUCUUUUUGCGAGGCGGAAGGUGUUGGUCUUGUUCCUUGGAGCCCUUUGGCACGAGGUCUUCUAGCGCGACCAUGGCAGGAGAAGUCUGCCCGUCAAGGCCAGGAUCAGAAAACGAAGAAAUGGUUCGUGGGAAAUCAAAAUGAAGCUAUUGUCAAUCAAGUUGAAGAGCUAGCACGGAAGAAAGGUUGUGCAAUGAGCUCCAUUGCAAUGGCUUGGUUGUUACAAAAGGGGGCUUGUCCAAUUGUUGGAUUAAACAGCAUUGAGAGGGUUGAGGCAGUCUUGGAGGCUUUGGAUAUUGAGCUCACGCCGGAUGAAAUAGAGCUUCUUGAACAUGGAUAUCAGCCUCUCGCGGUACAAGCAAUCUAA